AUGAAGACGGAAGAGAGGAAGAAGAAAGAGGGGAAGAGGGAGGGAAGAAGAAGGAUAGGAAAAAGAAGGAGAGGAAAAAGAGGGAGAGAAAAGAGGCGGAGGAAAAAGAGGGAGAGCAAAAAAGGAGAGGAAAAAGAGGGAGAAGAAAGAGAGUGUGAGGAAAAAGAGCGAGAGAAAAGGCAGUGCGAGGAAAGAGAAGGAGAGCAAAGAGAGAGGGAAGAAAGAACGGAGCAAAAGAAGAAAGAACGAAAGAACGAAGUAAGAAGUGGGACAGAACGGAGGAAGAGGAGUGAGAAACAUAGGAAAAGGAGGAAAUGUAGAAAGAAGGGGACGGGGGAAGAAGAAAGGAGAGAAGGAUAUGGGAUGAGAGAAAAAGAAGGGAGAGGAAGAGAACAGGGAGUGAAAGGAGAAAAUCGAGGAUGGAGUCAGAGGAGAUGGGAGAAAAACGAAACAGGGGAUAUAAGGAGCAAGGGAGAUCAGAGGAACGAAAAGGAAAAGCGAUGGGUUUGUGUGUCAAUUAGGCAGAAAUGGGUUAAGCGUGGUAUGGGCAGUGGUGCAGAGACGAUUGGACAUGGAAUUGGUGAAAUUUUGGGCGGUUUUGUCGUUGCAAAAUGGGCAAAAAUGGUGCGCUAA